AAAUCGAUACCAACAGUUAUCGAAACUGAAACCUGAAACGCACUUAACGACAAGUGACAAUUGGCGAUCUAUCAAACAUCUAAACAAGUUGCCUAUUAAAAUAUCACGAUAUCCAUUCAUUAAAAUGGAUCCUUCGCAAACUAAGACUUACCUGGAGGAGCAACCACUUGGAGUUGAUCGUGGACUCCAGCCAUUGCGGAUCAUUGGAGUCUGCGACUGGUCCGGCGAGCUGAUGUUUUUGAUGCAGUGGAAGGGUUGCGACCAAGCGGAUUUGGUGCCCGCCAAGGUGGCCAACAUUCGAUGGCCCGAACUGGUCAUAUCGUUCUACGAGCAGCGCAUCGAGUUCAAGGAUGCCAGCGACCAUGAAGACACCAUGGACUUGGACUCCGACAAUGGGUAUGAAACCACUUCGAGCCCGUCAAAGGAACGUUCAUCAAAAGCCUAGGUCAUAACGCAAAUUCACAAAAUUACUGUUGCUGUUCACGAAUAUCUCCUGUAUAACGAAGAUUGGCGUUGUCCGCUUUAUGGAUACCGCCUAUAAAGAGUAUUGAAACUUC